AAACAUUUUACUCAUUUUUUUUAAUUAACUAGUGGACAAGUGAAUUGUGGUUCCUACGUGUCUUCCACACCUGUUCACCCUCAACCUCCCUCCCUACACACCAACCUAUCCACUCACUUCCGCUCUCAAUCCACACUUCAACCACUGCUCAACCAACCAUGGCACAAGAUCCUAGCAGUGUUUCACCUUACGAUGAAGCAAUGGACGCUUUAUCAUCUCUAAUCACUCAAAAAAGCCGUGCAGAUCAGACCAACGCUGGCCUUCGAUUCGAACUCAUGUUCGACUAUGUUAAGAUUUUGGAUUUGGAGGACUCGAUUUCCAAGAUGAAGAUUAUUCAUGUAGCAGGGACUAAAGGAAAGGGAUCAACGUGCACCUUUACUGAGGCCAUACUGCGUAAUUGUGGCUUUCGUACAGGGCUUUUUACGUCUCCUCACCUUAUUGAUGUUCGGGAGAGGUUUCGGUUGGAUGGUGAGGAUAUAAGUGAAGAGAAGUUUUUGGCAUACUUCUGGUGGUGUUGGGAUAGACUGAAGGAAAAGUGCACUGAAGAUAUACCAAUGCCAAAUUUAUUCCGCUUCCUUGCUUUACUUGCUUUCAAAACCUUUGCAGCAGAGCAAGUAGAUGUUGCUAUUAUGGAGGUUGGAUUAGGUGGAAAGUUUGAUGCAACGAAUGUGGUUCAGACACCCGUUGUAUGUGGUAUUGCGUCCCUGGGGUAUGACCACACAGAAAUUCUAGGAGAUACUCUUGCAGCAAUUGCUGGGGAGAAGGCUGGCAUCUUUAAGAAAGGUGUUCCUGCGUUUACCGUGCCCCAACCAGAUGAAGCUAUGGAAGUGCUCAAAGAGAAAGCUGCACAGUUGGAUGUGCCACUUCAAGUAGCAUAUCCGUUGGAUAGCAAAUUGCUAAAUGGGUUAAAUCUCGGGCUUGUAGGCGAUCACCAGUACGUAAAUGCGGGGCUCGCCAUCAAGUUAUGCUCCACAUGGCUCCAAAGCACUGGUCAUCUCGAACCCGAUUCCAUUGACCAGAACAAUUCACUACCCCAGCAGUUCAUGAAAGGGCUAACGACAGCAACAUUACAAGGACGCGCCCAAAUCAUUCGCGACCCGUCACCCGAUAUUGAAAGUGUAGGGGACCUUGUGUUUUAUUUGGAUGGGGCCCAUAGUCCCGAAAGCAUGGAAGUUUGUGCAAAUUGGUUUUCUCUUGCAAUAAAAGAAGAUGACAGACAACAAAAAGCUUCUAAUGAAAUUGUACCUCUCAACAAUAGUGAAACCGCAAGCAAGAACUCCACACAGAUAUUAUUGUUUAACUGUAUGUCGGUGCGGGAUCCACAGUUGCUUCUUCCUCGACUGGUGAAAACAUGUGGUGGUCAUGGUAUAAACUUUAAUAAGGCGCUAUUUGUACCAAACAUGUCCCUUUACACGAAAGUUGGAUCAACCUCAUCGUUAUCAUCAACUGAUCCCGUAGCUGAUCUGUCAUGGCAAUUAACACUUCAAAGAGUAUGGGAGAAUAUCGUAUUUGGUGAAAGAGGGAAUACCAAUAACAGUGACGCGAUUUCUGUUGACGGAAAAGAUUGUAGCGAAACGAUAGUUAAAAGUUGUGAAAACAGCAUGGUGUUUUCAUCGCUUCCGUUGGCUAUCAAGUGGCUGAGAGAUGCUGCUAAACAAAAUAAGUCUGUUCGAAUGCAGGUUCUUGUAACGGGGUCAUUACAUUUGGUUGGUGAUGUCAUGAAAUUACUGAAGAAAUGAGUUUUGCAAACAUUUUGUUGGAUCGAUAUGAAAUCACUCACCAUAGGUACCUGAUAUAAAGGUCUUCAAAUGCGAUUUUGAAGGCUGCGAAUGUAUACACAACACAAAUGUGGUCUCCUUUUGUUUUCCAGUUUUCUAAAGCUAUUGUUUGGUUCUUGUUGGUUUUUAAUUGUUAUGUAAUCUUUGAUUUUGGACAUGUGUAUGUUUUUUAAGUGAUACUUUAUCUCUUAUAUCAAAACGCCGCACAACAUUUAUUGACAA